UGGCCAGUUUGCUAUAGUGAAGAAAUGUCGAGAGAAAAGCACUGGCAUGGAGUAUGCUGCUAAGUUCAUUAAAAAGCGUCAGAGUCGGGCCAGCCGUCGUGGAGUGAGACGUGAGGAAAUUGAACGGGAGGUUGCUAUUCUGCAGCAGAUUCUGCAUGCCAACAUCAUCAAGUUGCAUGACAUCUAUGAGAACAAGACGGAUGUGGUCCUCAUCCUUGAGCUGGUUUCUGGAGGAGAACUUUUUGACUUCUUGGCACAGAAAGAGUCUUUGAGUGAAGAGGAAGCAACCAGAUUCAUCAAGCAGAUUUUAGAUGGUGUCAACUACCUUCACUCUAAGAAAAUAGCUCACUUUGAUUUAAAGCCUGAAAACAUUAUGCUUCUAGACAAGAAUAUCCCUGUUCCACAUAUCAAACUCAUUGACUUCGGCCUGGCUCACAAAAUAGAAGAUGGAGUUGAAUUCAAAAACAUUUUUGGAACUCCAGAAUUCGUAGCUCCAGAAAUAGUAAACUAUGAACCACUUGGACUAGCUGCAGAUAUGUGGAGCAUAGGAGUCAUCACCUACAUACUACUUAGUGGUGCAUCCCCUUUCCUUGGAGAAACUAAACAAGAGACGCUUGCCAACAUCACAGCUGUGAAUUAUGAAUUUGACGAAGAAUUUUUCAGCAAUACUAGUGACCUGGCAAAAGAUUUUAUUCAGAAGCUCCUGGUGAAAGAUACACGGAAACGGCUUACAAUUCAGGAAGCCCUCUCUCAUCCGUGGAUAACGCUGAAAGAAGAAACAAAAGUCCAGGAAAACAAGAAGGUUGAGAACACACAACUGAAGACAAAACGCCUGAGAGAGUACACCAUAAAGUGCCAUUCGAGUAUGCCUCCCAAUAAUACCUACAUCAACUUUGAGCGCUUUGCCCGGGUAGUAGAAGACAUUUCACUUAUGGAACGGGGUUUUGGCACUUUGGCUGCAUCCCACGAUUCGUUGCAGGAGGACAUUGAUGCUCUGGUUUCCAUUUAUAAUGAGAAAGAAGCUUGGUAUAAAGAAGAGAAUGAAAGUGUGAGGCACAAGCUGUCUCAGCUGAAGUAUGAAUACCGUAAAAUUGAAUCCCUGAAAAGACAUCUACAAGACGAUAUCAAGACUGUAGGCGCUAGUCUUACAGGCAUAACUGGGAAAUAUGCUGAUCUCCAGCGUCAGUAUGAAUCUCUCAGUCAAGAACUUUCUGAGGAACUCAAGUGGAUACAGGAUUUAAUGAGUAGUAUUCAAGUGGAAAAUGAAGUGAAUGGAAACUUUGACUCUGUUUUCAACAAAGAUAUUAAUGAAUCCCUAAUGGACCUGUUAAAUAGGUCUUGCUGUGAAGAAUUCCUUGCAGGAUUGAAUCUUGAUGUGGCAGAAUCAAAUCAGUAA